ACAACUAAACAAGCAGAAGGAACAAAGGUCAAAUCAACAACGUAAUAUUGGGAUAGUACAAAUCUACAGAAAAUGUUGUGAUCACGCCUACCUAACCCAUCAAACUUGCCAAGUUGUAAGUCUAACUUCAAAGUGACCAUAUCAUUAAUGUCCAACAUGGCGUUACCGGUCAGAAACUCUCGUCUCGUUCUGGUGCUUACCACUAUCUUACUGCAGUUCAUAAGCUCAAACGUUCACGCCUAUCCAGACGGGGCGCCAAAGGAGGCCUGCGCCGACGCUGCCCCGCAACACCACACGACGGAUGGGGAAAUCAUCGAGCCGCACGAAGGACCUAGUCCCUAUUCAUUCACUGUAGAUUCAAAGGAAUAUAAAAUCGGUCACAAAAUUACAGUUACUAUCGAAGGAAGUCAAGCAUAUGGCGGGUUCCUGAUCCAGGCCCGAUCCGUUGGAGGCCAGGAGCCCGUUGGGCACUUCUCGUCCCUACCGGAUAACGCUCAGCUUCGUGGAUGCAUGACAGAGGAUGAUGGUGUCACCCACACCAGCCCAGACGACAAGCUACCGGGCAUCAUGUUUAUGUGGCACACCAAGAAGGAUGUAGGCACAAUCGAGUUCUUCGGUACUGUGGCGCAAGAUCAUGAUGUCUUCUGGACAGAAAUCAAAUCAAGCGAGAUUCAACAUAAAACAGAGUCUAAAAUUCGUCAUCUCAAGUUCGACGCCAUGGAAGAUGAAUUCCACCAUCUGGAGGACAAGGCGACGUCGGCAUGGAAAACCCUGCUAAGAAAUAGAACCAUGGCUUUAGAAGACCUCUAUCGAAAACAUCGGCAGCUACAUAAUUAGAAUGACUAGGACGAUUGUAUUAUAUUAUCACAGGCGAAUAUGCACAAAUAUAUAUAAAAAGGGGCAAAGAAAAAGGAUAAUGUUGUAGCGCAAACGUUGUGCGUCAUAAGUAUUUAAAAAUUAUAUUUACGUGGCUAUCCAACACUACUCGUAUGUUUCACCAUUUCCAUUAUCAAGCAAGUAGUGUAAUGGGCAGUAUGAGAGAGAAAAUGGCUUACGGGUAAUAUGAAGG